GCUCUCUCAUCGAUUGGCGCUGCCUUGCUCCUUGGGCUCCCGUCGCGUGGAAAUCGGCCCGAGACUGGGAAAGUCCAGCGGAGCGCGGGGAGGGAACCGAGGCAGGCGGGCCAGGGGAUUGCCGAUCGCACGGAUGGGCGCGCGCUCCGUCUGGCGAGUGGCGGCGCCGGCUAGCCCGAGCGGCGCGAGGCCGGAGUCCCGCGUCCGCCACCCGCUCGCCUCGCGCCGGCGCGCGAGCUCCUUGCCCUUGCCCCCAGGAGGGCCGCCCCGCGUGGGGCUCUCGCACCGCCCGGGGUGGGAGCAGGCGAGCCGGAGGGAGGAGGGAGGAGGGAGGAGGGAGCGCGCGCGGGCGGCGGCGGCCCCUCCCCUCCCCCUCCCGCAGCCGCGGAGAGCGCAGGGAGCAGCCGGUGGCUCGGUGGCGGCGGCGUCUACCCCCAGCUCCUCCUCCCUCCUCCUCCGUCUCCUCCUCUCUCUCUCCAUCUGCUGUGGUUAUGGCCCGUCGCUGGAGCACAAAAGAGUCUCCGCGGUGGAGGUCUGCGUUGCUCUUGCUUUUCCUCGCUGGGGUGUACGGAAAUGGUGCUCUUGCAGAACAUUCUGAAAAUGUGCAUAUUUCAGGAGUGUCAACUGCUUGUGGAGAGACUCCAGAGCAAAUUCGAGCACCAAGUGGCAUAAUCACAAGCCCAGGCUGGCCUUCUGAAUAUCCUGCAAAAAUCAACUGUAGCUGGUUCAUAAGGGCAAACCCAGGCGAAAUCAUUACUAUAAGUUUUCAGGAUUUUGAUAUUCAAGGAUCCAGAAGGUGCAAUUUGGACUGGUUGACAAUAGAAACAUACAAGAAUAUUGAAAGUUACAGAGCUUGUGGUUCCACAAUUCCACCUCCAUAUAUCUCUUCACAAGACCACAUCUGGAUUAGGUUUCAUUCGGAUGACAACAUCUCUAGAAAGGGUUUCAGACUGGCAUAUUUUUCAGGGAAAUCUGAGGAACCAAAUUGUGCUUGUGAUCAGUUUCGUUGUGGUAAUGGAAAGUGUAUACCAGAAGCCUGGAAAUGUAAUAACAUGGAUGAAUGUGGAGAUAGUUCCGAUGAAGAGAUCUGUGCCAAAGAAGCUAAUCCUCCAACUGCGGCUGCUUUUCAACCCUGUGCUUACAACCAGUUCCAGUGUUUAUCCCGUUUUACCAAAGUUUACACUUGCCUCCCCGAAUCUUUAAAAUGUGAUGGGAACAUUGACUGCCUUGACCUAGGAGACGAGAUAGACUGUGAUGUGCCAACAUGUGGGCAAUGGCUAAAAUAUUUUUAUGGUACUUUUAAUUCUCCCAAUUAUCCAGACUUUUAUCCUCCUGGAAGCAAUUGCACCUGGUUAAUAGACACUGGUGAUCACCGUAAAGUCAUUUUACGCUUCACUGACUUUAAACUUGAUGGUACUGGUUAUGGUGAUUAUGUCAAAAUAUAUGAUGGAUUAGAGGAGAAUCCACACAAGCUUUUGCGUGUGUUGACAGCUUUUGAUUCUCAUGCACCUCUUACAGUUGUUUCUUCUUCUGGACAAAUAAGGGUACAUUUUUGUGCUGAUAAAGUGAAUGCUGCGAGGGGAUUUAAUGCUACUUACCAAGUAGAUGGGUUCUGUUUGCCAUGGGAAAUACCCUGUGGAGGUAACUGGGGGUGUUAUACGGAGCAGCAGCGUUGUGAUGGGUAUUGGCAUUGCCCAAAUGGAAGGGAUGAAAUCAAUUGUACCAUGUGCCAGAAGGAAGAAUUUCCAUGUUCCCGAAAUGGUGUCUGUUAUCCUCGUUCUGAUCGCUGCAACUACCAGAAUCAUUGCCCAAAUGGCUCAGAUGAAAAAAACUGCUUUUUUUGCCAACCAGGAAAUUUCCAUUGUAAAAACAAUCGUUGUGUGUUUGAAAGUUGGGUGUGUGAUUCUCAAGAUGACUGUGGUGAUGGCAGUGAUGAAGAAAAUUGCCCAGUAAUCGUGCCUACAAGAGUCAUCACUGCUGCCGUCAUAGGGAGCCUCAUCUGUGGCCUGUUACUCGUCAUAGCAUUGGGAUGUACUUGUAAGCUUUAUUCGCUGAGAAUGUUUGAAAGAAGAUCAUUUGAAACACAGUUGUCAAGAGUGGAAGCAGAAUUGUUAAGAAGAGAAGCUCCUCCCUCUUAUGGACAAUUGAUUGCUCAGGGUUUAAUUCCACCAGUUGAAGAUUUUCCUGUUUGUUCACCUAAUCAGGCUUCUGUUUUGGAAAAUCUGAGGCUAGCGGUACGAUCUCAGCUUGGAUUUACUUCAGUCAGGCUUCCUAUGGCAGGCAGAUCAAGCAACAUUUGGAACCGUAUUUUUAAUUUUGCAAGAUCACGUCAUUCUGGGUCAUUGGCUUUGGUCUCAGCAGAUGGAGAUGAGGUUGUCCCUAGUCAGAGUACCAGUAGAGAACCUGAGAGAAAUCAUACUCACAGAAGUUUGUUUUCCGUGGAGUCUGAUGAUACAGACACAGAAAAUGAGAGAAGAGAUAUGGCAGGAGCAUCUGGUGGGGUUGCAGCUCUUUUGCCUCAAAAAGUCCCUCCCACAACGGCAGUAGAAGCGACAGUAGGAGCAUGUGCAAGUUCCUCAACUCAGAGUACCCGAGGUGGUCAUGCAGAUAAUGGAAGGGAUGUGACAAGUGUGGAACCCCCAAGUGUGAGUCCAGCACGUCACCAGCUUACAAGUGCACUCAGUCGUAUGACUCAGGGGCUACGUUGGGUACGUUUUACAUUAGGACGAUCAAGUUCUGUAAGUCAGAACCAGAGUCCUUUGAGACAACUUGAUAAUGGGGUAAGUGGAAGAGAAGAUGAUGAUGAUGUUGAAAUGCUAAUUCCAAUUUCUGAUGGAUCUUCAGACUUUGAUGUGAAUGACUGCUCCAGACCUCUUCUUGAUCUUGCCUCAGAUCAAGGACAAGGGCUUAGACAACCAUAUAAUGCAACAAAUCCUGGAGUAAGGCCAAGUAAUCGAGAUGGCCCCUGUGAGCGCUGUGGUAUUGUCCACACUGCCCAGAUACCAGACACUUGCUUAGAAGUAACACUGAAAAACGAAACGAGUGAUGACGAGGCUUUGUUACUUUGUUAGGUACGAAUCACAUAAGGGAGAUUGUAUACAAGUUGGAGCAAUAUCCAUUUAUUAUUUUGUAACUUUACAGUUAAACUAGUUCUAGUUUAAAAAGAAAAAAUGCAGGGUGAUUUCUUAUUAUUAUAUGUUAGCCUGCAUGGUUAAAUUCGACAACUUGUAACUCUAUGAACUUAGAGUUUACUAUUUUAGCAGCUAAAAAUGCAUUACAUAUUCAUAUUGUUCAAUAAUGUCCUUUCAUUUGUUUCUGAUUGUUUUCAUCCUGAUACUGUAGUUCACUGUAGAAAUGUGGCUGCUGAAACUCAUUUGAUUGUCAUUUUUAUCUAUCCUAUGUUAAAUGGUUUGUUUGUACAAAAUAAUAUCUUAUUUUAAUUGAAACGUUUAUGCUUUUGCCAACACAUCUUGUAACUUAAUAUACUAGAUGUUAAGGUUGUUAAUGUACAAAAAAAACACCCUUAUACUCACCUGCGUUUUCAUUUGUUUGACAUUUGUCUAUUACUGGAUUUCAUUAUCAUAUGAACUUGUCAAAGGGAAACAAACUUUGUCUAAAAAUUUUUCUCUUACGUUUAACUUAAAAUGAUGUGAAAUUUAGGCAGAGUUGGAUAAAUUACUGGCAAAAACAAAACUCUUUUAUAAAGAUUUUCUAAUGUUGACUUUAAUACUCUAACAUGGUACAAACCAAAUGGUAAAAUCCCAAGUCAUUUCUUUUUCCAUCUCUAUUUAGCAACAGAAUUAAGUGGAUGAAGAUAUUCUACUAUGCAUUAAAUCUUGAACUUUAUAAAACAUGUACAAAAAUUGUACAAGAUAAGUUCCAACUGGUAAUGUCUUUCCCUAAUACAGGGUUGCGCUUGCAUUGGACCCUAGGGAUUUGCACUAAAAUUAUAUCAAGGUCUCAGAUGAGCUUAGUGCACAAGCACUAUCACUUUAAAUACUAUUAUUUGCUACCACAGCGACUAUAUAUUUCCAUAGCUUUUGGCUGGGGGCGGGGGACAUUUUUAUUACAACUUGAAAUUGCUUUGCUGGUUUCAUAUUUAUUUGUUGUAUUUAAAAAAUACAUUGUUGUAAGAGUGAUUUUUUUCAAUAUAUUUUAUUCCUGGGGGGGAUCAUGCUACACUCUCAAAAGAAAAUUAAGAAAUCAUUCAGAUCAUCCCCCCUUUUUAAGUAGUGUGAAUUGCAAAACCCAACAUAUUUUUUUUUUACUGUCAAUUGCCGUUUAUUUAUUCUUUAGCUGUCUGUUUUAGUAGUUUAAUGAUUAUGAAAAAUGUAUUUGUGUGUGAUUUGCUAUUUAUUAAAUUUUAAGUACUUUGCUGAAUGUCAUUUUAAAGCAUGUUUGAAGUCUUGUGUAUUUGUCUGUGUUAUGCUGUCAGGAGGAACUGACUAAGAUGUUUUAAUAUGUAUCAGAAAUUAAAAUGAUUUUUUUUAUUGCCUUGAGGUACAAA